GUGUGAAUGAAGAACCGGGCAGCAGCAGCUCGUGCCUGAAUGAAAUAAGCAUUCAGUUCCACAGAAUGACAUUUCAGGAAGUUCAAACAGAUAUUUCUAUUAUUUUACAGAUUGUAAACAUGUCACAUUACUGAUCCAAACAGAAACGUGACGAAACGGCGAACCGCUGGUUUUAGAUGACGUGUGGAAUGAGGUUUCGAGGGAACACUGUGUUUCCAACCAGCUAUGCCUCAUGUCUAUACAGACACCGUGCGUCCGGUUCGAUCCGGUGGAACCUUUGCAGAACCUACUGCACCCAGCAGCAAAACCCGAAAGAUGAGCCCAGUAAAAUGACAGCGGUUAAGGAGCGAACAGCGUCUGCUUUAACGUAUGCAGGUGAGCUGGGCCGACACUGGGGCCGGAAAACUGUCAGAGCCGCAACGGUGACUGUCAACAGCUGGUGGGAGAAAUACGAAGAGUUUGUCGGGCUUAAUGAAGUCAGAGAUGCUCAGUCCAAAGUCACUGAGGGUGAGAAGGGCUUCAUGAUCGCCAGAGGAAUCGUCAGAGAAGCUCACGUUAGCCUGGAGGCCCUGCAGGUUCGGUUAAAGGAGGUGAGGGAUCGUCUGGACCGCGUGUCGCGAGAAGAAGCACAUUAUCUGGAGUUAGCCACACAGGAGCAUAAGCUACUACAGGAGGAGCGGCGACUCAAAACAGCCUAUGAGAAUGCAGAAGAAAGCGAACGAGAAAAGUUUGCCCUGUUCUCCGCCGCUGUGCGCGAAAGCCACGAGAAAGAAAGGACGCGGGCCGAACGCACCAAAAACUGGUCUGUCAUUGGCUCAGUGCUAGGCGCUGUCAUCGGGGUGAUGGGCUCCACUUACAUAAACAGGGUACGUUUGCAGGAACUCAAGAACUUGUUGCUGGAAGCCCAGAAAGGACCGGCGAGUCUUCAGGACGUUAUGAAGGUCCAAGCCAGCAUGUACAAAUCCCAACAAGAUGAACUCAGCGACCUCAUUGACUCACUCAGGAUGGCUGUUAAAGGUGACGUAGAAGAUGUGAAAGCAGUCAAGUCGGCGUUGGUCUCACCAAGAGAUCAAGUCAUAGCCCCACUGAUCGCAUCAAGUGAUAAAGCGAUCAAACAGAUCCUUCAGCACAGCCAAAGAGCUCACGUGUUCAUGGAGAGCCUCCGACCUCAGCUGCAACAGCUGGAGGAGAACGUCGGAAAGGUCGAGACGGAGCUACGGGCCGUGAAGACCACCUUACAGUCUCGUCCCGCAGAGAGGCCGGUCAUUCAAACCCGCGAUACACAGCUGUUAGUGUGCGAUACGGAGAUGGUCAUCCAGGGCCUGGAUCAAGCUGAGAAAAGACUGGAAGCUCAGAUUAGCAAGACGAGUGUGUAUAGUACAGUCAUAACGUGUGCAGUGUGUGCUGUGACCAUUCCCAUUUUGUAUGUGAUUCUGAAAGGUACUUGAAACUCAACAUGGACGUUUACACUUUAAACACACUAGAAACGUUUAAAUUUAUAUUGUAAUAACUACAUAUUGUAUAAACUGAAAUCAUGAAAUUAUUGUUGUAUAAGAUUCAUUAAAUGUGUUAGUGCUAACUUUAA